CAGAUGAAAGUCGAAGAUUCGAAGUGCUAUAGUUUAAAGUUGCGGUGGUAAUACCGUAAGAUUCUCCCGGAGUCGUUUGAUUUCUUAAUUGGAUUGUUCCUAUCCCUAAAUUGAGAACGAAUGGUUGAAGAUUGAAGAAUUCAAGUUAUCAAGCUCGUACGAUUAGAAGUCCUGGAGUUGACUAUAAAUUGUUAAAAUCAAAUUUUAUGAUUUCCUUGAAGAAAAUAACCGAUUUUAGUAUGAUAACAGGAAAGGUUUGGACUGAUUAUAAUGGAAGAAGUUGUGGGUGAUAAUGCGUCCCCUGUGACACCACUAGCCAAGUGGAGAAACGACUUUUCAAGAGCUUUCCAGUAUUAUUUGGAUAGAUCUGCUCCUCAUAUAACUCGCCGGUGGCUGGGAACGCUCGCUGCUGCUGCAGUUUAUGUCUUGCGUGUUUAUUAUGUACAGGGGUUCUAUGUUGUCUCGUAUGGCCUAGGAAUCUAUAUCUUGAAUUUGCUGAUUGGGUUUAUGUCCCCUAAGGUUGAUCCGGAGCUUGAAGCCCUAGAUGGAACUUCAUUGCCAACUAAAGACUCUGAUGAAUUCAGACCCUUCAUUCGUCGCCUGCCUGAAUUCAAGUGCUGGUGAGAUGUAUAUGGCAUGGACAAGUUUUUUAUAAUUAUGUUUUUGUGCCACAGUUCUCAUGCUUGUUUCAUCAACAACAAUUAGUGACUAAUAUGAUGUUACACAUUCUUUGUUAGAUUAGGUGCAUGUUU